GGUUCGAGCAGACUGUAAAGUGCGCCCAUGAACGUUCCGUCCACCUGUUCAUCGACUCCCUGCUCAACAAAGACAAGCAGAGCAUGGCGUACCGUUGCCGCGACGACAGCGCGUUUGAGAAUGGUCUGUGUCUGGACUGCCGUAAGAACCGCUGUAACAAGCUGGGCUACGACAUCAAGAGGGUGCGCACUGCCACCAGCAAGAAGCUCUUCCUCAAGACUCGCUCCCAGAUGCCCUAUAAACUGUACCACUACCAGUUCCGUAUCCAGUUUAUCAACCAGAUCGAGACCACGGACCCCUCACUCACCAUCAAACUUGUAGGGACUAAAGGGGACAGCGAACAGCAGUCCAUCAACUUCAUCGAGGAGAUCUCGGGGAACAAGACCUACUCGUUCCUCAUCACGCUGGACACGGACAUCGGGGAGCUGAUGAUGCUGAAGUUCCACUGGGAGGGCAGCCCCAUGUGGAGCAACGUGUGGAGCCGCAUGCAGACCUUCAACCCCUGGGGCAGCGACUCGCAGGGCCCCAAGCUCACCGUCGGCAAGAUCCGCGUCAAGUCCGGCGAGACCCAGGAGAAGACGUGGUUCUGCGCCCAGACGGAGGACGGCGUGCACAUCCAGCCGGCGGAGCAGAAGGUGUUCGUGCGCUGCCAGGUGGAGCGGCAGAAGCACCGGCGCGCCAGGAUACACAGCCGCUAAACAGGAUGUGACAUCACGAUCACGCCUGUCCUUCAAAUCAACCUCUAGUGCUGGCUGGGAAAUUUAUAUAUAUAUAUAAAAAAAAGCAUCAACUGACAGAAAUCGUGGAAACGCUUUCAACUCAAUGUGAUGUGUGUGGGUGUUUUUGAAAUCGUGGAAACGCGUUCAAUUCAACACCGAAUACCUGUGAUGUUUUGAUGUUUUUGGGAGUUGUCAUCUGUGAUGUAAAUCCUUUAUCUAAAGCACGCUAUGCUGUUGUAUGCAUAUCAUGUAUGUACAAAGUCUAUUGUAUUAUAUAACAUGUCUUAUUACACUGUAUCACUUUAUUUUACUAUUGGUGAAAAUUAAACAGAAAAGUUCCUGUUAUGACUAUGAGUGUAAUUC